GUUGUGUUUUUGUGCAUAAUAAGUGAAAGCAGCUGCUGUGUGCAGCUCUCCGGAAUCAGUGAAAAUGCCGGUAGAUUUAAGCCACUGGACAGGGGCUCUUGCCCUAACAGAGGUGGAUGAGAAGCCUGCACAGACCCUCCAUGUCAAGUAUGGCUCUCUUGAAAUCGACGAGUUGGGCAAAGUGCUCACGCCAACACAGGUGCAGAGUCGACCCACCUCUAUCGAGUGGGAUGGGUGUGACUCCACUAAGCUGUACACCCUGGCCAUGACCGACCCCGAUGCACCCAGCAGGAAAGACCCCAAGUUCGGGGAGUGGCAUCACUUUCUGGUGGUGAACAUGAAGGGAAAUGACGUGUCUAGUGGAUGUGUUAUGUCCGACUACGUUGGGUCUGGCCCUCCAAAAGGCACUGGUCUCCACAGGUAUGUGUGGCUGGUCUAUGAGCAGUCAGGAAGCCUCUCCUGUGAGGAGCCCAUCCUCACCAACUGCUGUGGAGACAACCGCGGCAAGUUCAAGAUCCAAGCCUUCCGCCAGAAAUACGGACUGGGAGUUCCCGUGGCUGGAACCUGCUAUCAGGCAGAGUGGGAUAACUAUGUCCCUAAACUCUAUGAGCAACUGGCUGGAAAAUAAACAAAGUAUUCAGAAAUUAACAUUUAUGUAGCUAAGAUAACUGCAGAAACCCCAACAAUGCAAUUCCCUAGAUUUGUUCAUGCUGGCUCAUUAAAAAGUAAUCUCUCUAUCCCCAUGAUCAGUCAAACAAAACAGCUCAUCUUGUUUGGUUUAUAUUAUUUUGUUGCUGACCGUUCUCCAGCACUGUGUGGUGUAUACUGUUUGAAUGAGUUACUCUCUGUUGCAUCAGUUAUUCUUUUUGUAGACACUGGCAUGUUGCUGGAGAUAAUGUGGUGGAGUGCUCCUUUAACAAAACCUGGCCCUGCAAUAACCAUGGCACCAUUCAAACAAAUGGAAAAUGCAUUCACUAGUGGACCUUGAAUGUGGCCAAGGUCACAUGUACCUAUUGAAUAUCCAUAAUGCUAACGGCAGAUGUGGAAAAUAUCAGGAAAGACCUGUGAUCAAAAUAUCAUAAUAAACCAUAUUAAUAGAGAGCAUAGUGUGCAGUCUAUUUUGACCAUUUGCAAAUAAGCAUAAACUCAAAUCCAUGGUUUGCUGUAAACUAAGCAAAUGUUAUCUAAUAACUUGCUGUUAUAAAUCCAAUGGCAGAUAUGGAAAAUAUUAAAUCAAAUAAAUCCAGACAGAACUUG